ACGAAUGAUGAACUGCGUCGGCGGGCGGUUGCCAAAAAAACAGUGACGGUUAGUGAAACCUCCAUGAUAUAGAAAUAAUUAAGAAGCGAAUUAAAAUCUCAAGAGUUAAUAUACGCGAAUCUCUAAAAAUCAGUGAAAGAUGCUGCUGCUUGUACUAAUCUUGUUUGCACCACUUUUCACGCUGCAAACCGAAUUGCUUUUAAACUACGACGGCUUUAAUCCAAUCGGCGCCGUGUCAUCUGCAUCAGCAGCUUACACCUCUGCCUCCUCCUCUUCAUCAACAGCAACAACCGUAACGUACGCCCAGCAGCAAGUACAAUGGCCUCCCACUGCUGUGCGCAGCAAUUGGUAUAUCCUGGAUGCAGCAGCCAACGCUGCGGUUGCCGCGGCUGCUACUACUCAAGUAGACGCUGCACGCGCUAAUAAAUUGCACAAGCGACACAAAGCAUUGCCACGAGAUAAACAACCACACAGCGCAGCACGCCACAACCUUGAUACACCCCAAGCGGCGCAGCAAAAGGAGCAGCAAAAAAAUCCGGCAAAUUAUUACACUUACAACAGCAGCAACAACGGAAAUUACCGUUCGACGGCACCGGAUAUGCGCUUUGUUGCGCCAUAUGUAUUAGCGUUAAAUAAUCGGCGACGCCUCUCGAUGACAUCGGGAGAAAGGAGUAGGUGGCGAGAGCACAGCGACAACACCACUGACAGAAUUGUCAAUAACUUCAAUAAACGAGGGUAUGUCAACACUUAUAACAACAACUAUAGCAACAAAAGUGUGAUUCAACACAACAAGUACGGUGACAAUGAGCAAACAGCAACAACUAAAGUAAACAUUGCCGACAGCAUUGUUACGCAACCACAGCAUCAGGCAAUGCUUGCUUGGCAGGAUAUUAAAAUCAAAAGCGAUGGUGGGGUCGACGAGGGGCGUAAGGACGUCGUUCCUGAUAUUGACGAAAGCAUGGAGGUUGGAAGUGUGGAAAAUGAUAUAAAUAGUCUAGAGGAAGCGCAUUUCAAUGAAGUUCUUGUGCCAUUGGGAAACGCCUUGGACAAGGUGCAACACUUUUGUGAGGUUUUCCGGCGUAUCAUCAACGAUGGUGCAGCAGACUUUGUAAGCGGCGACCUCGAUACAUCGGGGAGCAGCGAGGACGGCUUCACGAACUCAGCAUCCGCCACGUUAGCGCAGUCAGCAACUGUAGACACAGUCAUUCCUGUUGGUGACAACACACAGUUGGCGCUUGAAGUUCAAGGUCAGCGAAGCCCACCCAACGGCACACAUUCAAACACGCAACAGUCCCAGUCGAUUGCAGAGGCGACAUUGAUGUGGCCAACAGUGACGGCACGGUCAACUGCGGUUACAGCAUCAGCCCAGGCAACAACAACUGGAAACGCACUAAACUCAGCUAAAUCAUUAACAUCUACUGCCUUGGUUAUUGGUCGAGGCAAAAAGUUGAAAAAGAAAUUGAAAAAACUGAUGCUUCCAUUGUUGUUGGCAUACAAGCUGAAGUUCAUAGCAUUAGUGCCACUGCUAAUUGGUGGCCUAACGCUGCUGGUCGGCAGCACCGGCCUGGCUGGCUUCUUUUUUGCGCUUUUCUUGACGGUGAUGACCCUGAAGGGCGGCGGUAGUGUGAACAAAUCGAUUGUAAUUAAGAAAGUUUUGUAAACGUCGGCCGAGCCGCUUAAGCAAUUUGCGGCCACCUAAAUGGAGCAGGGACGCGGUACACUUAUAAGCUAAUCUUUUUUUAUCGGUCAACACGAGUUAAGUUAGUCAUGAAUUGACGUUGCUCUUUGCACCUUGCAAGUGACACAGAAGAGGGCGCUUGAAAUUGCACAAUCGCUCAACUUCUAGUUGGGCGGUCUUGUGGUUGAUAAAAGCAAAGCCAUUUUUAUGUUAAUGUUAUAAAGCAAUAGACUAAUAGUUACAAACCAUUUUUUUAUAAACUCUACGCAUUAUAUACAUUACAUUUUCCCCAACUGUCGCUCGUGUUACUAUUUAUGCAUGCAGUUGUUACAGUGAGCGACACGCGAAACCGGAUAAUAUUUCUUAACGACGCUAAUUUGAGUCAAUUAUUUCACAGAAACGCCGGCAAACGCAUGAAAUAAUGCCUGAAUACGAGUAUAUAUAACCAGCUCGGAACAUUAUGGAAGGGCGUAUAUGAAACCAUAUUAAGCUAAAAGGUUUUGAACACCUGAAAGGUCAUAAAUAACGGCUCCGCUCUUGGAUUCAGCACAUUUCAUUUAUUUUCCCAAAGUUGUGCCUAUUUCUAAAUCAUUUAAUAUAUUUUUUUUAAUUAUGUGAGUAAAUUUUUAUAU